AUGGUAAACUGUAAAAGACUGCGUGUGACCAGUAGGUGUGUACAGCCGUUGUUUCUUUUGUUGCGGACUUGGCAGUUUGUGUUCUUGGGUGUUUUAAGUGUUUGUGAAGGGUAUGUCGAACAGAAGUUCGCUAUGGAGCCUCAAGAUCAGACGGCUGUAGUGGGAUCGAGGGUGACUCUACCAUGUAGAGUGGAAAACAAAGCGGGUCAAUUACAGUGGACGAAGGACGAUUUCGGUCUUGGUCUGCACAGGGAACUUAGUGGCUACGACCGGUAUAAGAUGAUCGGGAGCGAUGAAGAAGGAGAUUAUUCACUGGAUAUCAGGGAUGUUACUCUAGAAGACGAUGCGAAGUAUCAAUGCCAAGUCAGUUCAGGAUUAAGAGGUGAACCUGCAAUUAGGUCACGCUAUGCUCGCCUCACGGUGCUAGUGCCGCCUGAACCACCAAAAAUACUGCAAGGGAAUUUCUACUCUACCACAGAGGACAGAAUCAUCAAAUUGGAGUGCAUAUCUGUUGGUGGAAAACCACCAGCCGAGAUCACGUGGGUGGACAGUAAUGCUGGUGUGUUGACGCAGGGUGUAACGUAUACGGUCGAGCCUUUGAGUGAUGGACAGAGAUUUACUGCGAGGUCAAUUAUAAGAAUGACUCCAAAACAGGAGCAUCAUAAUCAAACAUUCACAUGCCAGGCGCAAAACACAGCAGACAGAGCGUAUAGAGCUGCCAGCAUUCAAAUUGAGGUCAAAUAUGCACCUAAAGUGAAGAUUCGAAUUAAAAACGGAAGACGAAUACCAGAGGGACGUGACGUUAUAAUAAGUUGCACGGCGGAUGCAAAUCCAAGUAAUCUCACUUUCAGAUGGCUUAUGAAUGAAUCAACUAUUGGGAAUACCUCUGAAUUGAAAAUUAUGAACGUUUCCCGCUCUUACAACGGGGCCGUUUUAAAAUGCAUGGUGUUCAACGAAGUUGGCAAAAGCGAAGAAACUGAGACCCUCGAGAUUACUUAUCCGCCAUCAUUUCGCUACUUGCCAGUGGACGUUGAAGCAGAAGUAGGCAAACAAGUUACUUUGAGUUGCGAUGUAGACGGCUAUCCUGCUCCUGAAAUACGGUGGCUGCAUUAUGAAGAAGACACUAAUAUUCGUGUCGGAAGGACGCCGAAUUUGACGUUAACGGUGGACACUCAUACUACAGGUCGUUAUUUAUGCAAAGCCAGCGUUGAAGGCUAUCCAGAGAUUGAGGCGGAAGCAUCUAUUUUUAUUAAAGGUCCACCAAAAAUAAUCUCCAACCACACGCAAUUUGGUUCUCAAGGUGAUACUGUAAAUAUUGAAUGUGCUGCUUUCUCAGUUCCCAGAAUUGAUAAUAUUGUUUGGACCUUUGAAGGGAAGGAAAUCGAUACUGUUCACGAUCAAGAUUAUGCCUUCUUAGAAGAAUUACAACCGGGUGGAAUUGUGAAUUCCACUUUGAUUAUACGGGAAAGUCAAUCAAAACACUUUGGCUCUUACAAGUGCAACGUCUCGAAUGAAUACGGUAGUGAUACUAUCGAGAUCGUUCUGAAGCCUAAUAAAAGUUUCCCAUUGCUCUUGAUCCUAUUCGGAGUAACAUCAGGCACAAUAAUGGUAGCAGCUGUUAUAAUGUUAGUGAUUCUAUGUCAAAGAAAGCAGCGGAAGAACAAGCAAGCACAAAUAACUGAAAAACCGGAUGUCACUGUUACGGCGGAAGAACUUUUUAAAGAAAACGAUAGAAAUUCAAACAUAAGCGACUUGAAACUCGAGCUCAGACAAGCGAAUGGCAGUUGUGAAAUUGAUUAUUCCAAUACGGGUUCAGACAGUACGUUAUGUUCGAACGCUAAAUUAGGUAGCGGUAUUCCUUUAGCAGGCACUGUACCAUUGUCAUCAAUAAAUCAAACAAGCACUUACCAGCCUUAUAGAUACAGCAACGAUUACACAGAUCCGGCAUAUUCAGACUGUUAUAAGGUCAAUGGUUUUGCUAAUGGUUACCAAACCUAUGUGCACUACGGUCAUGACUACACUCCGGGGUCUCUACGAGUGACUUCACCAACUCUAGGCAGUGACAAACUUACCCCAAACAGAUCUAUCAAUGGAAGUUUACCAAGGAGUGUUGACACGCCGUCCUCAACACAGUACAAUGGGAAUGGAUCACAAAGCAAUUCCUUACAGCGCUCCAAUAAAAGACAAGACAGUAGCGCUGGUUUGAAUAAUUUAGCGAACGAAGGCGCUAGAGUACCAAAUGGCGGUAUAAUACAAGGUGUGGAUGUAAGAUAUGCGGCUACAUAUGGAAAUCCCCAUUUAAGGACUGGCAUAAGUACUGUUCACACAGCCAAGCCUGCGUCUACGCCGGCACCGCCCCCAUAUUCAUCAGUUAGAAGUUCUGUUAUAUUACCAUCAGGUACUUCAUCACACUCUAUCACGUCACCAACAAGCGUCGCGUCUCCACAGUGUGCCACGAGCCCUAUAACAAACUCGACGAUGUCCACUGAUAGUGCACAGCCUACGGUGGGAGUGACCGCCUCUGCCACUCCUCAGUCGCCGAGCUCUCACUAUAUACUUGCGCCGUCGAAUCGAUCUUUAAGUAACGCUACUGUUACUAAGAAAGGUAAUGGCCUUCAGCAACCACUAGCGACACACGUA